UGUUGUGUUUUCACAUUGCCGAAUUUGAGUUUGCUUUUACUGAUUUAAAAAGAAGAAAUCAAAGUGGAGUACAGUAAACUUGAUAUGGAGAGUAAAAACAGAGACAAAGACAAACCAGAUGAAAGAAUGGCACGACCUAGUGGGAGGUCAGGCCACAAUCCACGGGGAUCUGGUUCUUCACAUUCUGGAGUGUUAAUGGUUGGACCUAAUUUUAGAGUUGGCAAAAAAAUUGGAUGUGGUAAUUUUGGAGAACUACGAUUAGGAAAAAAUUUAUACACAAAUGAGUAUGUGGCAAUUAAGCUGGAGCCAACGAAGUCAAGAGCACCGCAGCUGCAUUUGGAAUACAGAUUCUACAAGCAACUAGGAUCUGAAGAUGGAAUACCUCAGGUCUACUAUUUUGGCCCAUGUGGCAAAUAUAAUGCCAUGGUGCUAGAACUACUUGGACCUAGUUUGGAAAACUUAUUUGAUUUAUGUGAUAGGACUUUUUCUCUUAAAACAGUUCUUAUGAUAGCCAUACAGUUGAUUUCUCGUAUGGAAUAUGUCCAUUCAAAGAACUUGAUUUACAGAGAUGUAAAGCCCGAGAACUUCUUAAUAGGACGACCUGGAAACAAAACCCAGCAAAUUAUUCAUAUUAUAGAUUUUGGUUUGGCAAAGGAGUAUAUAGAUCCAGAAACAAAGAAGCACAUACCAUAUCGAGAACACAAGAGCCUUACAGGAACAGCUAGAUACAUGAGUAUAAAUACACAUUUAGGAAAAGAGCAAAGUAGAAGAGAUGAUUUGGAAGCUUUAGGUCAUAUGUUUAUGUAUUUUCUCAGAGGAAGCCUUCCGUGGCAAGGUUUGAAGGCUGAUACAUUAAAAGAACGUUACCAGAAGAUUGGAGAGACAAAGCGAGCAACACCUAUAGCAGUAUUGUGUGAAAACUUCCCAGAGGAAAUGGCUACGUAUCUACGCUAUGUGAGAAGGCUAGAUUUUUUUGAAAAGCCAGACUAUGACUACUUACGAAAGCUUUUCACAGACUUAUUUGAUCGCAAGGGCUAUAUGUUUGAUUAUGAAUAUGACUGGAUUGGCAAACAGUUGCCUACUCCAGUGGGUUCAAUUCAUGCAGAUACUGCACUGCCAUCAAACAGCGAAACACAUCAGCACAAAGAAAAGAUACAGCAAUCCAAAAAUCAGUCAACAGAUCAUAGGGCAGCUUGGGAUUCCCAACACACCAAUCCACAUCACUUAAGAACUUACUUAGCAGCUGACCGACAUGGUGGCUCAGUACAGGUAGUAAGUUCAACAAAUGGAGAGUUGAACAGAGAUGACCCAACUGCAGGCUGUUCAAAUGCACCCAUCACGACUCCUGCGCAAGUAGAAGUCAUGGAUGAAACAAACUGCCAGAAAGUGUUGAACAUGUGUUAUGUAACUCUCAGAGCAGCUCUGGUCUGCCUCUGCCCACUGCUACUUUUUCAGUGACUGAGCAGCAGGGUGCCCUCGGAUAUUUUGAGAAGGUGCUGCUGUGUUUUCAAGCAAAAGAAAAGAAAAACCAUUCAGCACCAGAAAUGACUUUAGAAGUGAGGAGAACAUGG